AUGCAAACCUCCACUUCCGCUCCAUGCUCUAUCUGCAGCAAGGGCCCAUUUCUAAUACAAAACCUCUAUAAGCACUUGCGCAAUGUCCACAAGUGCUCAGAAGAUCAAGUGGAAGAAGUAAAAAGCGCUGUAAAAAGGGCCGUGUACGCAGAAGAGAUCAAGUGUGAUACCUGCGGAAGGGUAUUCUUCUCUGCAUAUGGAAUGAGAAAGCAUAAGAAGAAUGUGCAUGGAAACAAUGCUGCAUCAACAUCAGCAGCUAGCGAAGCAAACAUCGACGACGAUAGCGAUCUGGAGGAGCAAACGCGAUCAAUUUUAGGAACAGAUCGUCGACUUCUGCAGACAUGUUUCGUCUGUGGCAGAAGAAACCCAGAAGAGAACGAUGAGAACGAAGUGUUCUGGGUGAGCUGUUCCAACACUGCAGUUUGCAAGGCUUGGUCCCACAUUUUGUGUUGCACCGGAGUGGGUAGCCAGUGCUCGAUAUGUAAAGCAGGUCAUUGGCGGUUGGAAGAAGUUUAG